AUGCGGUUCUUCGUUUUCUGCACGCUUUUCGGUUUGUGACUGUUGAAUUUUUUUUGUACUGGGUUAAUUGAUUAAUUUAAAAGGACACCUCAUCUAAAGGUCCUUCAAGUUUUCAAUCAAUAAUUUUUCAGUUAUAACUUUUGCUGUUCCUGCAAAAGACAAACUUACCCAACAUGGUUUGGCCAAACCUCUGAAAGCGGAUUGUUCCUUGGUUCGUUUUUUGGGUUAUGAAAAAAUGUAUUUCCACUAUUUAAGACGGCAAACAAACUGGGAUGUGCUUGUCCAGUCUGUGAAUUCACCGUGAAAAUGGUUAAAGAGAUGGUCAUUGAUCAUGAGGUACGUAGAAGAAAGAAAUUGUCAACCAGAACAAAAAAUGAUUCAGCCAAGCGAGGAAGGUGUUCUCGAUAAAGUCUGCCGACGGGUAUUCAGUUACGACAAACGACGAGAAGCGCUCUGUGAGGAAAUUGUGAAGGUACAGAAACUAUUCAGAGAAGUGAAGUAGACAUUUUUUUCAGCAAGAGCUGCCAGAAAUCAUCAAGUACGCCAAAAGCAUCAACCCGAUCCAAGCUUGCAAGAAAUUCUGCUAA